ACCUUCUACCAUUCCGUUUGUUUGUAAAGCCGCACAUUAUUCAGUACUAAAUCAAAAGACAGUUUUUUUGGUUUUUAUACUUUACGUUGUUAUUUUCUUAAAUAAGCAAUUUUAUCAUGCGACCAGUAGAUCCUGAAUCAAAAUCCCGUACAGCUUCGUCGAGGGAAAGUGUACAAGCCUCGCUUGGCGAGACAGAUACGCGUUUUACCUCAAAUAAGUUCACCAGCAGUUUCAGAGACAGGCGAGAGACUCGAAAAUCGUGCGGAACAACGGCAACCGCUGAAUUUCGUCGGGUUGAAGGAACAUCUGGGGUACAAUCAUCUAGCGUACAAAAAAGAACAUUACAACCUGUUCGAAUUUCAAGCACCCCGAGGCCAUCAACGGUCAGAAAUCGUCGCAAACAAAGACUUCCUGCCCGCAAAGAAAUAAGAAAACUUCUGAAUAGAACAGAUUUCAUGAUACCACGCCGUUGUUUUUCUCGAGUUAUAAGCGAAAUUAUGAAGAAGUUAUCAAGCGAUGUGACUCGUAUAACGGCUAUAGCCCUGGAGGCCCUACAAGUAGCAACAGAAAAGUAUAUCGAAAAUCGUUUUGAAGAUGCAUAUUUAUUGACGCAGCAUUCGCAUCGAGUUACACUGUUAUUGCGAGAUUUUGAAUUAAUCAAUUAUUUGCUAGGAAAAAAGAAUUUGUAAAUUGAAAUUAAUAUUAAGAAACUUGCUUAAGUAUUUGUUACAAAAUACACAUAUGUAUAUGUCCUUUUGGUCAGAGAUAUAUUAGUACUUAUUCGUGUGAAAUGGUAUUUAAAAAACAAAGAUCGAACCAUUAAAAAUGGUUUCGAAAUUGCUUUUGUUGGCAAUUGAUGUAAUUAAUAAGCAAUCAUAUUAAUUAGAAAUGGGUUGGUGUUGUAACGGCAUAAACAUGACCCUAAAUGUUUGAGAAAUGCUGCUGGAGUGGUAGCGGUAGUCGUCGGUAGAACCAACUGGCGUGAGAAAUCAGUUUUAAGGUUUAGUUAUUUACUAUUUUAUAUCUAAACAUAUUAAUAUAAUAUUAUCACAUGUAUACAAAGUUUAUCACUCAUUCACAUGCACAUGCGAAUCCCACAAUACCAGCAAAUUAAAUCGUUCAAAAAAGCAAUGAAAAAAAAGCAGAUUUUUUAUAAAAAUGUAAAAUUCAAAUGAAUCCAAAUUUA